AUGUUACGGCCACAUUCUUGCGGACCUAAUGACACACUGAAUUUCAGAUUCGCAGAACAGUUAAUGGUUAAUUUCGCAUGUGAAAUAACGCUGUGCAGAAAGCAUGAACAAGGAUGUGAAGGCAUAACGCCCCCCACAUGUUAUCCAAUAGAUUUUCCACCAAUAAAAGCUGUAUACAAGCAUUCGACCACGACAACUGCGAUUCCUUCGUGGACUGCAGCACCAGAAUCCAAUCCCUAUGGGGUCGACGCCUACAGUGCCUACGACAAGGUCUACAACAGGUUCGUUACAAAGCCUCCAUAA